UUCUCGAAUCAUUGGGUGCCACUCGUGACGAAAAUGCUUUUGUCUGCUUCCUCCGUCGUUAUGUCUGUUGCAACUGUUUCAAAGUUUUCAAAGUCUUUGUGGAACGCAUCAAGAUAUCUUUUCACCUUUUCUGGGCACAAUUCUCGUAACUGGUCACUUGCUAAUCAGAAAGGUUUCUAUUCAACAGAAAGAGAGCCUAUGGUAAGUACUAGCUUGAAAUACUCGAGUUUCUUGGAAGCAGAUCACAUUGGAACGGAUCCUUUUCCAUUGGGUGGUCAAGUGACUUCCUUACAUACGGUUACUGUUCUUCCUGGAACAACCAUAGGAAAGGAAACCUCCUCUUCCUUGAUGAACAUAUUUCAUGCUGCCGGUGUGCCUGUCAAGUUUGAAGUUCUUGAAGUUACUAAUCCCGAAGAAGGUGUACCUGAGGACGUUCAGUUUUCACUGAGAAAGAACAGAGUGGCAAUCAAAGGACCUUUUCCAACUAAUCCCUUGUCAACAAAGGAUUCUUUCAAUAUAAGUGUUAGAAGAGGCAACGAUUUAUUUGCAAACGUUGUCCAUUGCUUCAAUAUUCCAGGAGUGAAGUCUCGUUACAAUGAUGUGGAUAUUGUAUUGAUUCGUGAAAAUACAGAAGGGGAAUAUUCUGGUUUAGAGCAUGAAACUAUUCCUGGAGUUGUAGAAAAUUUAAAGGUCAUUAGUGAAAGAGCUUCCAUGCGAAUUGCCGAAUAUGCUUUUCAGUAUGCUACUAAAAAUGGUCGAAAGAAGGUAACUUGUGUACACAAAGCCAAUAUAAUGAAAAUGGCAGAUGGACUAUUUUUAGAGUGCUGUAGAAGAGUUGCUUCGAAAUAUCCUUUUAUUCAAUUUGAUUCUAUGAUUGUGGACAACACUUGUAUGCAGUUAGUGAGUCGCCCCGAACAAUUUGAUGUUAUGGUUCUUCCUAAUCUUUAUGGAAAUAUUGUGGGUAACAUUGUGGCUGGUAUUUUAGGAGGACCAGGUUUGUUUCCUGGUGCAAACAUUGGAGAGCAUAUGGCAGUAUUUGAACAAGGUGCGCGACAUUCUGGACGUAAUAUUGGAGGACAGAAUAUUGCCAAUCCUACCGGUGUUAUUUUAUCUGGAGUAAUGAUGUUGAGAUAUUUGCAACUUUCGAGUUAUGCCAAUCGAAUUGAAUUUGCUGUUCUAGAAGCCUUGAAGAAUUCAAAGAAUCAUACUGCUGAUAUUGGGGGUAAUGCAAGCACCACUGAUUUUACUCAAGCUGUUAUCGACAAUCUUAAUUGAUUGGAAAUAUUGCGGCUCAUAGUUUGUGGACAAAGAUGAGGAAAUGGAAUACUUAAUAUCCACGUAAUGGGUUUUUCAUUCGAUCAAUUAAGUUGUCAGUUUUCCUUGCUGUUAUGGUCAUUAUUGGUAUGAACAGCUUUGUCAUACUGAGUGAAGUGACACCAUGAAAUAUUUUGAAAUGGUUGAUGUUUCUAUACUUGUUUCUUUUGAAAGUGUUUAUUGAUAAAGUUGAAAUUUGAUUCCUGGUUCUAUAAGGAGAGUCUUUCUAGUUGAGUUUGAGAAUUUCC